AUGCAGGAGGGUCAACUGGAAAUUGACUGGGAGCUGGCCAAGAAGCGGAACGAAGUGCUAGAUGAGGAGCGACGGGUGCGCGACAAGGAUCGGAGGGAAGAGAAGCGGCUGGCUCAUGAAUGGCGGGCCGAGGAAGCGCGUCGAUACGAGGCCAGCCAGAAGCAACUCGCAGAAGACAGGAAAGUUCAAGAUGAUGCUCGUAGGGAUCAGGAAAGGGAUGCCCGGUUGUUCCAGGCGGCGAUGAUGAGCAUGUUGGGGGUUCAGGAGCCCAUUCCGAGGUGCAACCAGGCCUAG